AGUUUUAGAACCAUCUAGUUAUUUGUCAUUCACGUCAGAAUUUUUUUGUGUCCAAAGAUGAAAUUACUAUUCACCUUUUUAGCAAGUUUAGUUGUAGUUAAUUGUUAUGUAACAGAUGUUAACUCAGAAAUAAAUGAUGUUUAUAACUAUCUGAAUACUACAGGAGUUCUAGAAGCAGAAAGAAUUAGAAGAUUGGAAAAUGAGAUAGAUAAUUCAGGACAAAGAAUUGUUGGUGGAUCUCCGAGCAAUGGCGUGCCUAACCAGGUGGGUCUUAUUGUUACAUUACGAGAUGGACGUCAAGCGGUGUGUGGAGGUGUCAUAUACGCUGACAAUAGAAUUUUAACUGCGGCUCAUUGCACCAACGAUGGUGUUAACAUCGCUCGCUCAGUCACCGUGGUCGCGGGUUCCAACUUUCUAUUCUCUGGUGGUACCAGAAUCGAAGCGCAAAGCGUUGUCAUACACCCAGGGUAUGUCCCUGGGAGAGUUGCAUUUGACCUUGCCAUUUUACACAUUCCAAGACUAACUUAUUCUGAUGAUAUAAGUCCUGCAUUUUUACCUUGGAGUGAUGAUAUUAACAAUGACUUCGUAGGACAAUCAGUCCGUGCCUCUGGAUAUGGAAUCACGAGAGACGGCGACACAAUUACUACACAGCAACCAUUAAGGAGUGUUAACCUUCGCGUAAUAUCGAAUGCCGAAUGUAGAUCUACGUACGGUAAUGUAAUACAAGAUCAUCAUCUGUGUACGAGCGGUGCAGGCGGUGUUGGUAUCUGUGCUGGUGACACGGGAGGUCCUCUAGUCAUUCCCGGAUCAUGGAGAGAUACCCUUAUUGGCGUUGGAUCGUUUACAGCUGGUCGAGGUUGCCAGGCGGGAGCUCCGUCCGGCUUUAUCAGAGUUACAUCGUUCAUUGGAUGGAUUAUGGGAAACUAAAUGAACUAAAGCAAUUGUUUUUUUUU